CCUAGGACCAUCACGGAUGUCCAAAAAUUGACUAAGAUAUUGGUAACUUUUAAUCAAUUUAUUUUCAAGUCUACCGAUUAAGUGCACGCCGUUUCCUCUUCUUGUUCCCGCUCCAUCUCCCAAAACCGAAAACAAAAUGGCUAUUGUAGAAGUUUUUCUGGGUGCAUUUUUAGCUGUGCUAUUCGAGAGACUGGCCUCUCGCGAGCUGUUGAGCUUUGCUCGCAACGUGGGAGUUCAUACCCAGGUGAUGAAAUUGGGCAAAGUGCUUAGGACUAUUGAAGUGUUGCUCAACGAUGCAGAGACUAAGCAAAUAAGUGAAAAAACUGUGAAUCUGUGGCUGGAGGAUCUGAGGGAUCUGGCUUACGAUGUGGAUGAUCUUGUGGACGAGGUCGAGACAGAAGCUUUGGCCCAUAAAUUGAAGACAGAGACCGAAGCAGCAGCCACAAGCAAGGUGAAGGUACUGAACUUCCUCCCUACUUCUUUGACUGAUUUCCCCAGAUCUAUUGAGCUCAAAUUCAAGUUGGAGCCCAAGAUUAAGGAGAUCGCUGUCAGAUUAGACGACAUUGCACAACUAAGUGGUGUUCUGAGUUUGAGAGCUACUCCGGAAGCAGGGUCAUGCAAAAGCAGAGAGAGAUCAUUGGAAACAAGUUCCUUGGUGGUUGAAUCCCAUGUCCAUGGUCGGGAAAAGGAAAAACAAGAAAUACUUGAAUUGGUGCUCAAGGAUGAAUCGAAUAAUGAUGAAGCACGCGUCAUUCCAAUAGUUGGUAUGGGUGGUGUGGGCAAGACCACUCUUGUUCAACUUGUCUACAAUGAUGAGAAGGUUAAGAAUUUCUUUGAUACGAAAGCAUGGGUGUGUGUUUCUGAAGAGUUCGAUGUAUUCAGGAUAACCAAAAUUAUUCAUGAGGAAGUGACCAAGGGAAGUUGUAACUUCAGCAACCUCAACAGGUUGCAAGUCAGUCUCAAAGAGGAACUUUCUCGAAGAAAAUUUCUUAUUGUUUUGGAUGAUGUUUGGAACGACAUAUACGAAGAUUGGGAUCGCCUCCGUCCUCCUUUUCUAGUUGGGCUACCUGGAAGUAAAAUUAUUGUUACGACUCGGAGUGACCGUGUUGCACGUACCAUGGGUUCUGUUCCUCCUUACCCUCUGAAUGUUUUGGCAGAAGACGAUUGUUUGUCUUUGUUGGCUCAACAUGCGUUGAGUACAAAAAUUUUUGAUGACCAUCCAAAUUUGGAACCAAUUGGCAAGGAUAUAGUCAAAAAGUGUGGACGUUUGCCUUUGGCAGCGAAGACACUAGGAGGCCUUCUGCAUAAUAUACAUAGUCCAGAUGAAUGGAAAGCUGUACUGAAUAGCAAAAUCUGGGAGUUAUCCGAGCACAAUAGGGGCAUCCUUCCAGCUCUGAGAUUAAGCUAUCAUCAUCUCCCUUCUGACUUGAAGCAAUUGUUUGUAUAUUGUGCUAUAUUUCCGAAAGACUAUGUGUUUGACAAGGACGAGCUAGUUUUGUUAUGGAUGGCGGAAGGAUUUCUGCAGCAAUCAGAAGAAAUGGAAGUGUUUGGUGGCAGCUGUUUCAUGGAGCUAUUUUCAAGGUCCUUCUUCCAACGUUCCGGUGGUACGGAAUCAAAAUUUGUGAUGCAUGACCUUUUGAAUGAUCUAGCUCAAUAUCUUGCGGGAGAAACAUGCUUUAGGUUGGAUGAUAAUAUGGAGGGCAAUGAACGGUGUAAGAUUUCUGAGAAAGCUCGUCACUCGUCAUUCAUUCGCCACAAAUAUGAGGUCUAUAAAAGAUUUAAGGCAUUUCAUGAACUUCGGGGUUUGCGGACUUUCUUACCUCUGCCAACUUAUGAUUCGGAAGACUUCUAUUUAAGCAAUAGUAUUUUGGUCAACCUACUACCAAAAUUGCGGUGCUUAAGAGUAUUGUCUUUGAGUGGGUACAAAAUAAGUGAGCUACCCAAAGUGAUGGGGGAUUUGAAACAUUUUCGGUAUCUGAAUUUAUCCGAGACACUGAUUGAAUGGUUGCCUGAAUCAGUGAGUACUCUCUACAAUUUACAGACAUUAUUAUUAAAAGGUUGUCGCGCCCUCUGUAAAUUGCCCACCAACAUUGAAAAUUUGGUGAACUUGCGCCAUCUUGACAUUCGAGAUACUCCAAAAUUAGAAGAGAUGCCCUCAGGGAUCGAUAGAUUGAAAUGUUUGCAAACAUUGCCAAAGAUUCUUGUUGGCAAAAAUAGUGGAUUUGGACUCGGAGAUUUGAACAAGCUAUUGUUUCUGAGAGGGAUGCUUUCCAUUGCAGGGUUAGAAAAUGUUAUGAACGUGCAGGAUGCAGAGGCGGCUAAUUUAAUUCGUAAGCAGGAUAUUAAUGAGUUGGAAUUUAAAUGGAAUAGUGACAUUGAAGAUUCUCAAAAUGAUGGGCUGCAAGUUAGUGUACUUGAAAUGCUACGGCCGCAUAGAGAAUUAAAAAGCCUGACAAUUGAGUUCUACAGGGGCAUCACAUUUCCUAGUUGGAUUGGGGAUCCAUCAUUCUCUAAAACAGUGUAUAUUAGUCUUCGAGGUUGUACAAAAUGCGAGUUUUUACCACCACUUGGCCAGCUACCCUUUCUCAAAGAACUAUACAUAGAAGAAAUGGAUUCUGUAAGAAGUGUGGGUGCAGAGUUCAACUGUGGGGGUAACACUUUGGAGAUUCCAUUUCCAUCACUCGAGAUUCUAUCGUUUUGCGAGAUGCUAAAAUGGGAGGAAUGGUCUUGUUCGAAUGGUGUUGACUUUACAGGACUUUUUCCUCGCCUUCGUGAGCUUAUUAUAUGCAAUUGUCCUAAACUGGUGAGUGUUCCACUUUUAAGACUUCUCUCUCUUUGCGAGUUAGAGAUAAAAAAUUGUGAUGAGGCUGUGUUGAAAAGUUUUAUCGAAUUACCCUUAUUAACCACAUUGAAUAUUGAGAUAAAAAAUUGUGAUGAGGCUGUGUUGAAAAGUUUUAUCGAAUUACCCUUAUUAACCACAUUGAAUAUUGAGAAUAUGUCGGGUCUAACUCAUCUGCCGAAGGAGUUCAUGAAUGUGUUGGUGUCACUUGAAGUUCUUGCAAUUACAAAAUGUGCCUCGUUGGUGACUUUGUGGCAGAAUGGGCUUGCACCAAAAAACCUUUCCUGUUUGGUUGUAAGUUCUUGUGAAAAUCUGGAGAGACUGCCUUAUGACCUGAAAAGCCUUACAUCUCUCGAGCAGUUGUGUAUCUUUUAUUGCCCAAAGCUUCUCUCUUUUCCAGAGGACAGUCUCCCGCCCACGAUUAGUAUUCUUGAUGUUCAAGCUUGUGAUUCUCUGGAGUCCAUCCCUAAUUGCAUCGCUUGUCUUGAACACUUGAUCCUCAUUAAUUGCUCCUCUCUAAGUUCUUUCCCAAUAGACACUCUUCUCUCCACCCUUAAGUCAGUUAGCAUUAACAAUUGUCGUAAUUUGCAGUGGGUUAAUGAGACGGUCGAACAGAGCAUCAUGUCAGGAAGCAAUAGGAUCAGUAAUUGGCCCAUUUUAGAGUCUUUUGAAGUAUACAGGCAGGAAUUUACAUGUCGGUUGAACUAUCAAAUCCCCCACUCGCUUUCAGGGAAUGGUUUGCACACUCCCAACUUAGUAAGUCUUCACAUCUAUGGGUUUGAAAAUCCCUUUUGUUUUCCUAGCCAGAGUCAAAGCCUCACAUUCCUUAAAUCACUCAGUAUAGUUAAUUGUAAAAGGCUCGAGUCCUUUCCUCACCAGAAUUUGCCCCCCAACCUAGAAGAGCUAUAUAUCCGCAAUUCCGGAGAACUAAAGUCUCUAUCAGAGUGGGGCCUGCAAAGACUCUCCUCUCUUAGGAGUUUCACCAUGGAUGAUGUAUAUCCAGAGCUACUUUCCUUUCCGGAGUCGUGUUUUCUUCCUGCUACUCUAAAAUUCCUUUGUAUUGGUGAAUUCUCAAAUCUCGAGUCUCUCUCUAAGGGGCUUCGAAACUUGACCUCUCUUGAGCAUCUGAGAAUCAUCAAUUGCCCUAAGUUUGAGUCUCUCUCUGAGGGGCUUCAAAACCUAACCUCUCUUGAGCAUUUGGAAAUCCUGUAUUGCCCCGAGUUGGGUUCCUUGCCGAACGAAAGGAUACUUGACACACUUUUGAUCCUGAGAAUACUGAGUUGCCCACUUCUUGAAGGACGGUAUGCCAAGGAAAAUGGAGAAGAUUGGCCCAAGAUUUCUCACAUCCCCUGCGUUCAGAUUGGUUCUCGCAGAUAGUGAUGAAGCCUGUUGGAAGUGACAACUUUCUUAAAUGCCAACCACAGGGGCAUGUAACUGCCAACUUGAUUUGUUUUGCUUUGUGAUUGUGGUGAGGCAGGCUUGUUGUAAGGAGGAACUUUCUUAAGUGCCAAACACAGAUGGGUUCGAUUUGAAAACUGCUUGUUAAAUGUUUUCUUGUCAUUGUUUUUUCUCUUUACAUUUUCUAUUCUCGUGUGAUAUUAUUGUCUAGAGUGCUAUUUCUCUUUGUAAUUAUACAGGGGCAUGUGACUACCAACUUCAUUUGUUUUGCUUUGUGGUAAGUUGCCAACUUC